AUGUGUCAACCGGUUCGAUACGUUUAUCCUACCUGUGGUCAUCUUAUUGAUCUUGACGAGGCAAUCUGGACGCUUGAGAGAUGUCGCCGCGCGCACUGUUACAACAGGGAUUGCUGGGUUCCGAAUGAUGUUCCUGAGGAUAUGAUCGAAGAGAAGCCAUGGCCUUACGGCGAGCUCACUGAACCCUGCUACAUGCCUCAUGAGCCACAAUGCGACUUCAACGAUGCUGCGACUGUAGCUUCCAGCCCAGAUGCGGACGACCAAAGCUAUCCCUUGAGCCUUUUUGAAGACCCGGUUCUCCAAGAUAUACGAGAACAACACGAUGACACCGACGACCAAAGCUCUCUCAUCUCCUUCGUCGGAGCAAUGUCCUCAGCCCCUACAACUCCUGAGCCUGAGCCAGAAUACCUAGACGAGAAGGAAAUCGAUCGCACGAUUAAUCAGAUCCUCUUCGGAGUAGCCCCUACCAAACCUGAUACCUUUGUCCUCGAGGACAAACUCGAGCUAGACGAGGAUGACUUCAACCUCCCCGAACUUUCUCUAAACGAAGAGGAACUCCGCAAGUACGACGCCACUCUCGCGUCCCUAAACGAAGAAGCUACAGUCAUCUACUUCAACAAGGUCAUUGCGCAGACUGCCGAGGAACUUUCUUUCGCUGGGGUGGAAGAUAACCAUGAAUGGGAGAAGGUGCAAGCUGUUGAGGCUCCUCUUGAAAUGGGUCGUUUGGAAGACGACAUGGAUAUUGAUGGGUGCUUUGAAGGUUGGUUUUCAUGA